AUGGACUUGAGCGUAGACGAAGAUGGCUACAACAGCAGCACAGGCAGCGUAGAUGAAGAUGCAGAGCUGGAACUAUCCUGUGCGCUGCAUGACUUGGCGUUGAGGGUAAAAACAUUCGAGGCCAAUAUGCAGGGGCGAUUCCGACAUGGCCUCGAAGAUGACGAGAACGAAGAGGAGAUCACAGAAGACAUUGACCACUUUGAAGAAGAAGCGGGGUCGCAUUACUAUGACAGACAUCGGAUGGACUCGGAUUCGGCUUCUCCAAAGCGUAGAAAUACUAGAAGGACACGGAGCGACUACAAAAUGGCGAAACCUGAGCAGGAUCACGAUGAUGAGGACGUAGACGAGAUACACAGCGACGAAGAAGUUGAACAAGAAGCGAAAGGAGAAUCAGACGAGAAUUUGGAGGAAUGGGACUCACAAGAAGAGAAAGAGGAGCUGUGUGAGCUCAAACAGAACAUCGCUAAGUUACUGCAGAGCAUGCAGGAAGAGGCCAAAGCGCUUGGUGGUAACCAGUCAGACUGCAAUGCUACGACCUAGGCGCAGCAUAGCGCGAAACAAGAAAUCAA